UCUGCCGCCUGCUCUUUUAACACCGGCGGAGACACAUCGGAACCACUCAAACAACGUUAUCUCUAGCCGAGAAGCAGAAACUGCGGUACCCUCGCACCCACCCAUUUAGAGUUCAAAACCCAAUCUGACCCGGCCCCGUCCGGUACCUCCUCCCCCCGUCCUCUCGACUCUCUUCCCGGCCCUGCACGCGCUGCAGACGCAAACCCAGUCGAUCUGCCUCCGUCGCGGGCGGUUUGCCUUCUGUCGCCCCUAACUAUCGAGCGCAUGGUCCGUCCGUAUCAGCCAGUAUCGGCUGCGGACGCUCUCCGCCUUGGUAUUUAUAUCCCGGGCCUGGCCCUCCCCUCCUCCCGUCUCCAUCAGUGACAUUUCCUCGCUCUACUUCCUCAGUCUUAUCGAGCAGUAGUACUCCACACCAGAAAUGUCAAAGGAAGUCGCGGUCGAUAGCUACGGCGUCCAGGGCGGCUACGAGGGCGAGUCUACUGGGCUAUGGCACCGCUUCGUCAAGCGUAUCGAGCUCGACACUUACGAGAAGGGUCUCGCCUCCAACGUCGAUCUCGACCCCGUUCCUCCCGAGAAGCGGACAUGGAACUGGUGGCACUUCAUCUCCUACUGGAUCUCCGACAACUUCACUCCCUCCGGCUGGCGUAAGGCCUCGUCGCUCAUGUCGCUCGGCAUGUCAUGGAAGAUCGCGCUGGUCAACGUCUGCGUGGCCGAGUGUCUCAUCGCGGCCGUCAUCACCGUGAACGGCUACCUCGGAGCAAAGUACCACAUCUCCUUCACAGUUCUCUCGCGCGCCGCGUUCGGCUACUACUUCUCCCUGCUCAUGAUCGCCAUGCGUAUGAUCGUCGGCACUUUCUGGUACGGUAUCUCUGCCUACUCCGGCGCCGAGUGCGUGCGCUCGAUGCUCUACGCGAUCUGGCCCUCGUUCCGCAACGUCUCCAACGGGCUCCCCGCCUCCGCCCACAUCGACACGCAGCUCAUGACCUCGUACUUUUUGUACUUUUUGUUUUGCCUGCCGCUGCACUACGUGCCCAUCCACAAGAUCCGCUUCCUCUUCACCGUCAAGGCCAUCACCGUGCCCAUCAUCGGCUUCGGCAUCAUGGGCUGGACCAUCGCCCAGACCGACGGCGAGAUCUGGAAGACCGGAAACCUCGUCCACGGAUCCGAGCUCGGCUGGGUCUUCAUGUCCGGUAUCUACUCCAACAUGGCCGGCUGGGCCACCCUUGCCGUCAACGCGCCCGAUUUCACGCGUUACGCAAUCAGCCCUAAACACUCCUACACCAUGGCCAUCGCCCUCCCUGCGACCGCCACCCUGAUCGCCUUCUUUGGCGUCGUCGGCGCCGCUGGCUCCAAGAUCAUGUGGGGCGAGCAGAAGUGGGAUCCGCUGGUGUUCAUCGACAUGUGGACCUCCAAGGGCGGCCGCGCCGCCGCGUUCUUCUGCGCCGCGGGCUUCUUCCUCGCGCAGGCGCUCGCAAACAUCUCCGCCAACUCGAUCUCGGCCGCGAACGACCUCAACUGCCUGUUCCCGCGGUUCAUCAACAUCCGCCGCGGCCAGUACAUCGUCGCCGUCAUCGGCGCCUGGGCGUUUGUUCCCUGGGACAUUCUCACCUCCGCGACCUCCUUCCUCGCGUUCAUGAACGGAUACGGUAUCUGGCUCGCGCCCAUCUGCGGCAUCAUGAUCUCCGACUUCUUCAUCAUCCGCAAGCGCAAGCUCGACACCUGGGCGCUCUACGACAAGCACGGCAUCUACCGAUACAACAAGUACGGCACCAACUGGCGCGCCGCCGUCGCCUGGUGCUGCGGCUGGGUCCCUCUCCUCCCCGGUUUCCUGCCCAACGUCAACUCGAGCAUCCACGUCGUCUCCGGCAUGCAGAAGCUCUACAAGCUCGGCUACUUCUACGGCUUCUCGGCCGCGUUCGUCUCGUACCUCGCUGUCUCGUGGAUCUGGCCCCCGCACGAGAACCUGCUCGAGCGCGCGGUCUACUCUGAUGACGAGCAGGUCAUCAUGGCCCGCGACGAGGAGGACAUGAUUGAGUCUUCCGGCGCUGAGUCGUUGGAGAAGAAGGCUUCCCAUUAGGUUUUUUUUUAGUAUCUUUUCGCUUCUUUGUAAUUAUUUGAUGUUUUCGCUGCAUAGAUGUCUUUUGUCUUCUUAUUGCAUGGCUUUGUAAUUUCGUUUCUAUUUUCAUACACUUUACUUUCACGAUUAAUGCACGGUCUAUGGACGCGGUUAACAUACAG